AUGACGCCACCAAAAGUCCAGAGGUCCACCCGGUCCAUCACUCUAGUCCAUCAUGGUCCACCACUGUUUCUUUUUCAGUCGAUGAGUACUCCUUCUGCCUUUUCUCAUUUUUUGCGCUCAUAUGCUUAUACCCCUCGGACCUCUCUUUCGCUGAAGAGGAAGCACUCGCCUGAAAAUAAUGAUUGUCUUCCAGUGACUGCUCGAAAGCCUCGAUUUUCAAAGAAUACCUCACAGCAUGGCUCUCGUGCCAAAUCAAAGCGCAGGAGUGAAUCAGUAAUUACCAAUCAGCAGCAAGUACUUACAGGAGAGUCUUCUAUCUACUUUACGCCCUCAGGCAAGGGUGUUUCCACCGAUAGUCGCAGGCGCAAAGGUCCUCGCAAACUACUUGACGCCGUAGAGAUUGCUGUCAAGUCUGCGUCUACAGUUCCACCGCUGUCGACGCACGAUGAAUCACUAGAGGUAUCAAAGAGGAUGAAAAAGAAGCGCAAGCUCGAAUCUGCUAAUGCUCACCAUCGUGAGCUACCCGCGAAGGACGAGGGUCCUAUGGAACCAUCGGAAGCGGAGAUAAAGAUUCCGCUCACCAAAUGUUACCUGCCAACACCUACGCCUGAUGAAGUUCGGUCCACACUCCAAACCCUUACGCUCCCCACUCCAUCUUCCAGACCUCGAAAAUGUUGCAAGGUCGUGCCUGCUACUGUAUCACUCCACCAGUCUCAGACUGCUUUAUCUAGUAAAUCAAAGGCUACAUCCAAGGUAGCAACGCAAAAAAUGGACGUCAUUCAUAGAAUCAGCCCAGAUUCCACCACCCUGGUAACCUCGAAAUAUUUUUCCAAUGAGACACGAUCUGGCAAGUCAUGGGUGCCUUCUUCUUUACCGUCGGAGGACCUCUUCGCACACAAGAAUAUGUCCGCGUUUCCGACAUACCAUCAAGACUUGUUCAACGAUCUUAUCGGAUAUAUCGCGAACGCGAAGCCAAUCUUGAUACAGGCUGCUGUUUCUGAUAAUCCCUGGCAGCUCUUGAUCGCCGUCAAACUGCUGAAUGUGACUACUGGUCGAUAUGCUAUCCCGGUCUUUUGGAAGCUCAUGGACCGCUGGCCAACCCCUCGGGAUAUGAUCGAGGCUGAUAAUGAUGAAGUCGUGAAUAUUCUGCGACCGCUCGGCCUCUACAACAAACGGGCAGCAUGGUUAAAGGAGAUCUCUCAACGCUACAUAGACGAUCCUCCUACUGACGUUCUUCGUCCAUCUAAGUGCCGCUUAGAAAUACCUGCAAGAUUAAAAAUCACUGCGCCAACUUAUGUAAAUCCAAGAAAACGCAAAAAUCAUGGGUCUCCUCAAACGGCCCGUAAAACGACUAUAUCAUACCCGCCAACAUCCGUCUCACACUAUCCAGGCGUGGGCCGGUACGCCCUAGAUUCGUACCGAAUAUUUUGUACGAGUCACGAGAGCGAGGAGUGGAAACAAGUUAUGCCUGAAGACAAGGAACUGAUCCGAUAUCUACGAUGGAAGUGGGCCUAUGAGGAGAGGAAGAUCUGGUAUCCUGAUGGUGUCGGCGUCGUUAAAGAUGUCGACAUCCCUUAUCUGCUCAUCCUGGUAGACGAGCUGAUGGAUCAACUUGAGCCUGAUGAAUUUUGGGGUCCGACCGAUUUUAUUAGCGGUUGA